CCAGUGAUAUCUCAAAUGUGGAUUUCAUGUGAAUGAAUGCAUUUUGAAUAAAAGAUGACGUGUCGUCGUGCAUGCGUGUGUCGUGUUAUAACGCUGCAGUGCGCACCUUUAGAUUUGGGCAAAGUCCAAAUUACUGGCCAAGCUGCCUGGUUAAAUGUUGAUUUUUGCUUGUUCGAACAGGCUCUUAACAGAGCAAUAUAUAUUAUUGUCUGGCGGAAUUAUUACGAUUCACUUAUGGGUGAACGAUAAGCAACAAAAGAACACAAUCCAUAAUUUUGUCUUGUUUAUAACCAGCCGGCAAGUGCUCCCAUUCACCAAGAUCAUGUUGGGUUGAUCAGAUUGUCAGACUGAAAAUUAAGAAACACUCUGGUGCAGUAAUCAGUAACAAAAACCAUUAAUGAUUGAUAAUGCUCAACUUUGUGUCAAUGUUUAAGUGUGGGGGAGAAUAAAAAGUGAAUGAGGGACAUUUGGAACACUCGCCACACUGCUAUUUCUAUGCCAGGUGGAGAAAGUUGGAUUAAAAAAAAAUACUUCAUAUCCCAGCGAGUUGCUCCCGCGGUCAUGGAUGAAGAGCUGUCACCUCUGGAGUACCUGCUGCCCUCAGGCAAACAGAGGAUCGGUUUGAUCAUCCUGAACCAGCCUUUGGAUAAGGACUAUCUUGACAUACUGUGGAGUAAAGCCGUAGUGACGGCGUGUGCUGAUGGUGGCGCCAAUCACCUGUAUCACAUCACCAGAAAAAGUGACAGCUUCCGCCCCGACUAUAUCAGUGGGGAUUUUGAUUCCAUUACUGCGGAGGUCCGAGCUUUCUAUGCAGACAAGGGGUGCCGUCUGAUAGAAACAAGCGACCAGGAUUUUACGGACUAUACGAAGUGUCUGCUCAUCAUGGUGGAGGAGAUUCAACAACGGAAUCUGCAGGUGGAUGCCAUCGUGACACUGGGAGGGCUGGCGGGCAGACUUGACCAGAUCAUGGCUACUCUCGAGACCCUCCAUCACGCUUUGUCUAUGACGCAACUCCCAUUGUUAGUCAUCCAAGGGACCAGCCUGGCCUACCUGCUCAGACCUGGCAAGCACGCACUCGGGGUGAACACGGGCAUCGAGGGCGAUUGGUGUGGCCUUAUUCCAGUUGGGGGACCCUGCCAAACGACCACAACAGGACUCCGAUGGAACCUCGACAACCAGGUUCUGCAGUUCGGGAAGCUGGUGAGCACAUCCAACACCUAUGAGUCGGUAUCCCCCGGACAACCCAGGAAGCGCAUAACCGUCACCACAGACCAGCCUCUGCUUUGGAGCAUGGGCAUCCUGAAAGGAUUGCAAUGACCCAUUCGCCCACCUUUUUCUUUUUAAAUACCACUUGACCUCCUAAGGGCUGCAACUGAACUGAAGCCUGUCCCAGCUGACGUAGGAGGCGGGGCUCACCCUGCACUGCCCACCAUCCAAUCACAGGACUGAAAUGAUGGCAAACAAACAUCAAAAAUGUUCAUUUUUAUGCCAAAUUCGCUGUAAACUAGGGAUCUUGCUCCAGAAAGUAAGACUGGCUUUUGAAACGAAUGGCUGAAUGUGAUGAGGCGCCCCGGCGGUCGACUGGGUUAGUGCAUCGGCCUUCCUGUGUGGACGUUGCAUGUUCUCCCCAUACCUGCGUGGGUUAGACUCCAGUGCGACCCUUGUGAGGAUAAGCUGAUCAGAAAAUGGAUGGAUGGAUGGAUGAGGAGAUGAGGUCUUUAGUUCUACUCUUCAAUCAUUUUUUCAAGUGGUUAGCUGUGCUAGUGAGAAAAAAAAGUCACUAUUGUUCAUCGCCUUUUGUUUUAUUUACAAAGUGAAAGAAAUGUCAACAGAAUGUAAAAAUGUCAUCCUUCACCCCCCAUCACAUCACAACUGUACACAGCAGUGUUCUGGUCUCAGAUGUUCAGGGCUUUUAACCACCACUGCAAGACAAAAUGAGAACAAUGUGAUUAUGCUUUGCGCAUACAAAUUGGAUGUGAAAGCUAUAGCAUGAUUUUGUUUUGGUUGUAACUGUGGCAAAUUCAGGUUAUACCGGCUUUCAUGCCAUAUAACAAAUUUAGUUAACCGAUUGCAGAUGAAUAAGAACCAAUUUAAUGUGGGAUACAUUUUGAUAGCUGGUGAUGACAACUCUGUGUAGUGCAAUGAUUUCCCACCACUGUCCUGAAUAAACUACCCAAAUUUGGUUCCAUGGUC